CACGCGAAGAACUUCCUUGCCUCUUUUGUUGUUUACUAAGAAAAGAGUGAUAGCGGUGGUGCCAAUAAUGUUGGGCGGGGGCAUAGGAUAAGUGUUAUGGUCUAUUGUCAUUUCUUGAAGCGGGUUCAGUGAGCUACAUCAGUAUUCAAUCUACAUAUUGAUGGAGAAACUGCCCACAGUUGUAUAGUGGCGUGAAUACUAUACACGGUUUGUUGGGGAAACCAUACAGCACUGGAUCGGGUUAGUGUUCCUAGAUAUCGUAACAGGUGUUAUCUACGUUAGAUAGCUGUUAAUUACUGGCAGUGGAAGCCUUGCGACCAGCACUACACAGCUAGCUAGCUAUCGUCCACACAUUCAACGUGGAGAGAGUUCAAAAUGGUGGCGCCUGAGCGAAUACCGAAUAACGUCAUCAACCCGUGUGUGAAGUAUACACUGUAUGCCCUCAGUUUUCUCUUCUGGCUGGUAUGUUGGUUUGUAUUAGGUAUAGGUAUCUGGGCCUUGGUGGAGAGAGGAGACAAUGUCAAAGUCACAUCAUACCUGGACUUCUUCACAGAUCCUGCCAUCGUCAUGGUGGUCGUCGGCGGUCUUGGGAUCAUACUUAACUUCGCUGGGUUCAUUGGCGCCCUCAGAGAGAACUGCUGUCUUCUGACUUUUUUUUAUCUGUCUAUGAUCCUCAUCUUCAUCUUAGAAGUUACAGCUGGUAUCCUGGCAUUUGCUUUCAGUGGACAGUUUUUUACAGCAGUCGAUGAGGUAGUUGAAUCAGCAAUAAUGAACUACAGACAGGACGGAGAUACAACAAACUUCAUUGAUUACGCACAAAGAACGCUUGAGUGCUGUGGUGGUGAUGGAGGUUAUAGGGAUUGGACCCUCAAUCGAUACUACAACUGCUCUGACUCUAACCCAAGCAUAGAGCGGUGUGGCGUUCCUUACUCAUGCUGCCGUACUGUAUCCGAUGAUGAUAUUAUCAACACACAGUGUGGCUUCAAUGUCCAGAGAUCAGAGUCGGCUGAAAUUAUUGAUACGAUAUAUAUCAUUGGAUGCGUCGACGGUUUUGUGCUAUUUGUGAACGAGAAGAGCUUGAUCGUUGGUCUGACUAUCUUCGGAAUCGCUCUCAUUCAGCUGCUGGUGAUGCUUCUGGCCUUCAUCCUGAGCAGACAGAUAGAGAAGGAAUAUGAAUUCUAUGAAGAGUUUAAAAAUAGGGGCCUUACUGGAAUAUCCACUGUGUCUGGUGGGAACCGUUUCUAACUGCUUUGAACCACUUCAAACCACAUUUUCAGAAAUGUGGACCCUGAUUUGACAUCGUAUAACUUCAAAAUUUAUCUUACAAAAGGUAAUGAAAAUUAUAUAAUAAAAUACAGGUAUGCAGUGGUAUACAUGUACUAGAUACAUGCUUUUAACCACUUUCUGAAUAUUCAACGUUGUGUGAGGUUUUAUGGAAAUGGCAAUACAUGUGUAUAAAUAUCAUAUGGUCAGUUUUUGUUUUUGAGGGAUGUUGUCAGAUCUGAACUUUUAGAAUUGAUUUCCAUAUGGGCGUCCGUUUAAUGCAUUCUCUAUAAAUUUAACUUCAUAUGGUGUCUAUGAAGUUGUUUUGCAGUCGAAAGUAAAUAUAUGCUAUAUAGUGAGAUGGAUUUGCAAUUUCAUAUAGUGUGAUUGAAUUGAAUUGAAAUUGAAUACAUUAAUAUAGAAUCUUAUCUAUGUUGAGAAAUUCAAAGAGGUCGAUUGUAGGAAAAUAUGUCAAUUAAAAAUGUCAAUAACAUUCUUGGGAAUGUAUAUGUUUUUUAAGAUAACAAAAUGGCUGAAUAUAUAUUGUACAUUUACAUUAAAAAUGUAUACAUCUACAUAAAAAACUUAAGGUAUCGUCAAACAUACUGAGAUAUUUGUUAAAACUACGAUAUGUGACAUUCACAAAGAUGUGAGUUGUUUUGGGGUAACUCAAUCUCCUUUAAAGGAAGGAUGUCUGCAGUAUUAGUACUGUUACCCAUAAAGUUGGAAUAAUUUCAUUGCUCACCUCUUUUCAUGAAAUUAUUGUGACUAUAUGGUUUAUUCUCGAAAGAUAUAUUUUAUUUCUUCUCAAAACUUUAUUUACAAAUCUCUAUGAUUAUUUAGAUUGAACAAUAACGUUCUGAGAAGUUAUCAGCUUUAGCUAUCAAGAAUGUACCAUAUUGUCAAAAUUAUUUCAUGGAAAGAGAUGAGAGGGCAAAAUUACCCGUACUCCAACUUUAUGGGAAACAGUGUAUUAUCAAACUUGUAAAUAUGACCUGACCCAGGAGGAAAUAGCAAACUAUCGCUUACAAUUUGUAAUGUAUUUCUUGUAAGUUUGAUCAUAGGGAUGUCAAACUGGCUACAUAUUUGAGCUGCUUUUUGAUACUUUACCUUCCAUUUUAUUUGUCUUUCUAAUCACAUUCCUGUGCCUUCAAGUACUACAUUGUUAGUGAACAAAUCAAUUUGUUUGGAAAAGCAGAGCUUUUUGAAAAUGAUCAUAGUGUUAAAACCGUUUAAGAUAGUUAUGAAAGGCUUCAUACGCUUACUCUAAAAUUGUGUUAAUUUGACGCAGCAUAAGAGCAUGUCAAAAGGAAAAGAAAUGAUGAGGUUCAUGACAAAUUAAAAAUAGAGAAAAAUAAUGUAGUGUAUAUAUUCUUAGUAAAAGACUAAAGGCGAUUAUUAUUUUUCUUUGCAGCUAUUGCUACUUAUUCCACAAUUUUUUGUCUUAUAUAACUUUGUAAGUGCAAAGAAUUGUAUGGGAUGUAAAUGUACAAGCUUUUAUCUAUAUACAUGUAUUUGUUAAUGAGUCCGGCUAUUCAAGAUUAUUUGACUUUCAAAUUGAAAUUGAUGAAAUCUAUAUAUUUAUAUACCCCGUAAUAAUAUUGUAACUUAAUACACCACUGCGCUAUGGUUUUGGACAUGGUAUCCAUAUAAGAAUAUUAUUGUUGUUUUUAUUUUGUUAGCAUUCUAGUGUUUCAAAGAAGAAAUUGUCACACAAGCAGUAUAUUCAUAGUGAUGCAGUAUUACUUCAUACUCUUCGAUGUGACCAACUGAUUGUAGCUAUAAAGAAUAGUCAGGUAUAUAUUUGUUUAAGAAACUUUUUUCUGUACCGGGUAUCUUAUUUUAUCUGUUCAGAAGUAUAUAUAUAUAUAUAUAUAUAUUGCAACCAUUAACUUUAUCUAAAUCAAAACAGAUACAUGUAUUGUACUAACAGAUCAGGGUUUAUUGAGAAGAUACAGAUACAAUUGCUUUAGAAGAAGAUAUAAUUUCUGUGGUCUGUGACCAAUAGAAUAUGUGUAACUUUACAUAUUUGUAAUAUUGAUUUUAAAAACAUGUUGCAUUUUCAAAUUCAAAAUAACCGUUUAGAGAUGGAAUUAAUAAAGUCUGUAUAAAUGUGAGUUUAAUGACACCCUUCUGGCUUUCAGCAGACAAUAAACUUACAACUGUAACCAAUUUUUCAUUCCUACUUUCUGUUUAAAAAAAAGUACUUAUACUUCUCGAGUGUCUUCAAAGUACACCUAUAAACCUACAACUGAAUCCAAAUUAGAUUAAGUAUUCUCUAUAUUUGAUGUUUCAUAUAUUUUGAUAUUGAAAUAUUUGAAUGAGAAAAAAGCUUUUGUACAAUUUUUGAAGGGCUUUCAAUGAAUAAAUCUCUUUCAUUCUUUGUCUUCCCCAUAUGUGUAUGUGCUUUGUACUAGUUUUGUAUGAGCCUGAAAGACUGAAAACCAAUUACAUACAUGUAUAUGCAUCAAUA